CGACGAAACGUCAUAAUAUUUUGGCGCCAUUCGCCAAAGGGUGACUGCUGGCUGCUAUUAUUUAAUAAAAUUGCACAAAUUGUCGUUGCGUUGUUAGAUGUUUAGUUUCUCAGCGUAUUUCUAUUAACUCGGCCUUAAAAAGUUAGAAAAAUAAAGUAACUAAAUAUCGUGCGAUAAAAUUUGUUUGUUUAUAAACAUGGCGUGCUGUGAAUAGGGUUAAGAGGACUAAGAGGAGAAUACAUAACAAAAUCAAGUGUAAAAAAGUUACCGUAAAUCUUUCAAACAUGUCGAAUAUUAAGUCUUUUGCUGUGGCGGCCCGCACGGUAAAUAAAAGGCCUUUUCGGGUAUCUAUUGAAGGAAAUAUUGGCUCCGGAAAGUCGACUUGCAUCAAUUUCUUCGACAAGUAUCCUAAUGUUGAAAAGCAUGGGGAGCCUUUGAAUGAAUGGCGUAAUGUUAGCGGUCACAACCUACUCGGUUUGGUCUACAGUGAUAUGAACAAAUGGACGUUUCCAUUCCAGCACUAUGUACAUCUCACUCGCUUAAAAAUACAGACCAGCCCACCAAGCAAUCCUGAUAUUACUGUGAAAAUGUUUGAAAGAUCUGUACAAAACAGUAGGCACUGUUUUGUGGAGAAUGCUAAGAAGCAGAACUUCCUUCAGGAUGCAGAAUACCAAACACUGUUAGCUUGGUAUGACUACACUGAGAAGUCCCUUGAUGUUAGCCUGGACCUUAUUGUAUAUUUAAAAACAACUCCAGAAAUAGUCUGGCAGAGAAUGGUGCAGCGUGGCAGGGCUGAAGAGUCUGAAGUACCUUUAGAGUAUUUAAAACAAGUACAUGAAGCAUAUGAAAUCUGGUUGAGUUCACCGGAUGUGGGCUGUGAAGUGCUUACAAUUGAUGCGGACAAAGGACUUGACUCUGUUAAAGAAGAUUUAGAGCGAUAUUCAUACAAAAUACUUGGAGGUAAUCAUACAAACUAGAAUCGGGUUUUCUGCAUAUUAAAGUAAGACUGUCGCAGUUGUAGAAGUGGGAUGCCGUUAAGCGCAGCAUAUUGCGCCAUCUCACUUCCGAACCGGCAACAAUCCUUGAGCUUAUAACACAGAUACGGGUCUGAUAUUAUUCAUGCUCACUUCAUGUUAUUGUAAAAGUGUCUUUAUAUGAAGUCAAUAAGGUUUAAUUUAAUGUAUUGUUUACUUAGAGUUCCAAAUACUAUAUUUUUUUACACUAUGAUUAAGUGCACGCUUUACUGAUGAACAAUAUACAACCAAGCUACACAUUAACCUAUAAUUUGGAUAGUUCCUAGUAUAAUAAGGCUGAGAAUGUUUUAAUUUGAUUAAGUAAGAAAAUAUUACUUAUUUACAUUUUUAUUUUAAGAAAUUUGAAAAAGAGUUGCUUUUAUUACUUUUGGACUGAAAUUAUGAAUCAUAUAAGUUUUUUCCCAACCAGAGAGUUAUUUGAUGGUUGCCUUUGACAUACAGUAAUGUAAGUUUAAAAAAAAUAAGUAUUUUCUUUUUCUCUUGUCUCUCAGAUGUUCUUACCUACCUCUUUACUUACUUGAAUCUAGUUUAAUGACCUCUAUUAUGUUUUUUUAUGUAUCUCAUGGUACAGGUAAGCAAUUUAUUUUACUUUACACAAGAAUUUAUAAUAAGAACAAUAGAAGGACUUAUAAACUCGUCAAUGCGGACAUACUUAACUUAUAAAAUGGAAAUCAUUAUUGUAAUCAGAAUAAGAUAGUGUUUAUGUGAUAUUCCAAAUGUUAUAAUAUGUAUUUUUGACAAAUAAAAGAAUCAAUCAACUGA